ACACACACACACACACACACACACACCCUCAAACUGCAAAAACCUGUUUCAAAGGACCUCAAAUCAAUUACCCAUUUCUGUGCUAUAUAUAGACCAUGAUAACAAUUCGGCACCAAUCAAUGUGUUGUUCCCUUAAAGCCCCCUUCUUCUCCACACACACGCACACAUAAUUUGUGACUAUUUCAAUAAUGCAGCACUCGUGCAAAUCGAUGUGUCCUACCUUAAUGCCCCGUCCCUCCACACACACACACACACACACACACACACACACACACACACACACACACACACAUACUCAAGGUGGCUGUUUCAAUAAUAGCUGCAGUGUAGGAUGUUAGUGUGUGUCUCUCGAGCGAACAAGGUAAUUCAUCUCCAGAUCAGAAUAGCUUUUCCUCCACUCACCAGUUCACACAGACAGAAUUGAAGCGUCUAUCGCCCUUACACAAGGUUACUGUGUCCCUGUGUUCGCUCUCAGUCAUGGUGAGGUGAUGGUCAAUUCUCAUAGUAAGCCGAUAAGUGGAUGAACAUGCUUUAAUAUUUAAUAUCGAGCUCCUGGAAAGAUUCUGAGGUUCCUCUGAAUCCAAAGGAAAGCGCUUGUCUUGUCUGACUGUUGCCUGUGAAGUUAUGUUAUUAUCACAGGGCUCAGACCAUUUUAAUACCCAAUUAAAACCUGCAUGGCGAUGAUCAAACCCAGAGCCUCGCCCUCGCGUGGUUUCGAAGAAACUCUUCCCGGUAUUGGCAAAAGCACUGGCUUUCACCCUGGCUCCUAGAAGUAAAGAAACAGCCCCAGCCCUGCAUGGGAUUGCCCCCGGGGUAACACUAACCACCCAGAUGCAUCCCGGCGGCCUGGCGGGGCUGAUUGGACGGGGUAUGAGUCAAGGAGAGGAGAGCCAAAGCAGGACCGAUUGAUUAGAUUUUCAUGGAGGCAAAAAGGGCUUCCAAGACCCAUGACGGAUGGAAUUAGUGCCUGUCUGCCUACGUUCAUUAAAGGAAGGAAAACACUGUGUGUGUGUGUGUGUGUGUGUGUGUGUACCUUGUCUUUUUUUCUGGUAGUAUUCUAAUUUCAGAUGUCUCCCUGGGUGACGACACAUUCAUGAGAAGAUGUGGUGUGUUUGUGUGUGUGUGUGCGUGUGUGUGUUAGUGUGUGUGGUGUGUGGGCACUGACAUUGAGGAUCUGGGUUGUUGUGCGUGCGAGCGUGGGAGGGCCGGUGCGGUUUUGAGAGAGAGUGCCAUUACUUUGUGUGUGAGUGUGUGUGACACAUCGGCGUCUCUCCUGCAUUAGCAGGCAGGUGGCAUCCGGGGUUCUGAUGUAAGGGAAUCCCUUCUUUUUCCCCCCCCGACCUUCCGUAUAAACGUGUCGAUCAUUAUUCAUAUCGGGAACACCGAGCAAGAAGCCUGUGUUCCUCCCGGUUGUUUUCCCUCUUUUGCGGGAGGGAAGAAGAAAGGACAACUAACGGAGGGGGGAUGAAAGGGAGGCAGAGACGGCAGUAUUCUGUGCCGCGCCCCCUUCCCGACUCCUCUACUCCCCGGGCCCCUCCGCUGCACUCCUUGACGUCAACACGGAGGCAGCCAAUCGGUGGCCUGGCUCUACUCCCCUCUGUCUCUCCCCGGCUCCUCCCCCUUCCCUCGGCCAGUUAUAAAGCCCCCGGAGGUACCUUGAGCGGAGUGUACAAUGUGCUGCCAGAGAUCCAGCAGGCACCGCACACAGAGAGAGAGACCGAGACCAGAGAGGGAGGGAGAGAGACGCCAAAGCGCGAGCGGAGACGACGGAGGGAAUCCGGGACGCCAGCAGUGGCCAGGCGCCCCGUUCGCCCCGCGUCCCCAGGAUGGGCUGUGGUCCGGGCCGCCCUGCCUGCCAGGCCCCGUCCCAGGCCGCCGCCGCCGCCGGCUCGGCGCCGGGUCCGGAGGGGUCGUACCUGGAGCCCGGCGCCUCCAGGGUGCCGGACGUGCUCUCGUCCCUGGAGCGUCUGUCCCAGGCCACGGGGGGCAUGGAGAAGUCCUGGUACCGGUGCAUCUUCCCCUUCGGCAUCAUCUCGCUGGUGAUCGGCGUGGCGGGCACGGGGGUGACCUACACCUACAACGACCUGCCGCAGACCAAGGUGGUGUCGCUGGUGCUGCUGGGGGCCGGGCUGCUGCUGGUGCUGCUGGCCGCCACCUGCUGGACGGUCCACAAGCGCAAGAAGAGGAAAAAGAAGGAGGGCGGCUCCUUCACCUCUGAGCAGUGCCCCCUCUGAGGGCGCCGACCUGGGGCCGGACCGCAGAGAGCUGGGGGCUCUGGGGCCCGGGGGCCAGCGGCCGGUGGGGCCAGAGAGAGAGAGAGGCCGAGACCGCCCCGGAGUCCGGAGGACACGCCAGAACUCUCUUUCCCCCGACCUUCAGACCCCUAAAACAUUAGACGCGACAAGGGACCCGUUGGAGGAUCCUGUGGGAGAUCUUUUGAGGGAUCUGUUGGGAGAGCUUUUGGGGAUCCUUUAGUCGAUCUGUUGGGGGAACCUUUGAGGGAACUUUUGGGGGAACUUUGGGAGAUCUUUUGGGGAUCCUUUUGGGGAUCUGUUGGGGGAUCCUUUGGGACCUGUUGGGGGAUCUGUUUGGGGAUCCUUUGGUGGACCUGUUGGGGGAACCUUUAGGGGAUCCUUUGGGACCUGUUGGGGGAUCCUUUGGGGGACCUGUUGGGGGAUCUGUUGGGGGAUCCUUUGGGACCUGUUGGGGGAUCUGUUUGGGGAUCCUUUGGGGGAUCCUUUGGUGGAUCUGUUGGGGGAUCCUUUGGGGGACCUGUUGGGGGAUGCUUUGGGACCUGUUGGGGGAUCUGUUGGGGGAUCCUUUGGGACCUGUUGGGGGAUCUGUUGGGGGAUCCUUUGGGGGACCUGUUGGGGGAACCUUUAGUGGAUCCUUUGGGACCUGUUGGGGGAUCCUUUGGGGGACCUGUUGGGGGAUCUGUUGAUUUGGAGCUCGAGGCAUUUGCCCAGAAGCAGGAAUCACCCGGACGGCUCGCGCUUACUCUCUUUAUCGUCGCAUAGCAGGUGUCCAGUGACAAACAACUCCUGAGGACAAACACACACACACACACACACGUAGCACACACGCACACCUAACACACACACACACACACAUACCUAACACAUGCACAAACACGUAGCACACACACACACACACGCACCAAACACACACACACACACACACACACACACACACACGUGACAAAUGCAUGGAGGAAAGACCAUUUCUCAAACACAAACACACACACACACACAGAAGGGGGGAACGCUAUGCAGAGCUGCUGUCCGCGUCGGUGCCCGCGUCACCAAGCGCGUCAGUCGCGCCAUUCCUCGGGCCCGGGACAGGUGACGGUCCGAGGGGCCCGGGAGUGGGCCAGAGCCCGCCACCCGACACCACAACCGAAAGCAGAGCGCGGCGCCGUCCGCCGCCCACGUCACCCGCCCGCCCUGGGACACCGCAGCAAUGUGCGGGAGAGCUUUUUUUACGCUACACUGCAGCGGAACCCGAGUCCGGACCGAGGGUCUGAGUGACAGCUGCGUGGGACCGGGAGCCGGGACCCGCCCGAGGAGGAGGUGGAUGUAUGUGUGUGUGUGUGUGUGUGUGCGUGUUUGUGUGUGUGUGUGUGUGUGUGCGUGCGUGCAUGCGUGAGUGCAUGUGUGCAAAAUGCGUGUGUGCGUGCACGCGUGCAUAUCGUUGCAUGCAUGCGUGUGUGUGUGUGUGUGUGUGCGUGCGUGCGUGUGUGUGCGUGUGUGAAUAUGUGCGUGCAUGUGGGUGUGUACGUGCCAGUCGGGGCAACAGCCCAGGAGAAGCAGUGAGGAACGUAAGGACCGGCCGGACGGCCGUGUUUUGGUGUGGAGCCCAGAGGAAACUCCCCUCACACAAACCAACAAAGUUCUCCUGGCGUCUCUGUUCAGAGCGCCCGGCCAAUCAACCGGAGACAGAACACAGCCUCUUUGUUGCCAGGAGCGCACAUGCGAGAGGGACAAGGGGAACGAGAGAGAGAGAGAGAGAGAGGGAGGGAGGGAGGGCACUCCCUGUGCUGGCUGUUUUGACCGACCGAUUGCCCUCCUAACUAUGUAUGUGCAUUCAGGCCGGCCACUUUGAGGGCGCUGGGAGCUCACCUCGGGCCGCCAGGCCAGGAUUACUGAAGGACACAGUCUAAGGGGACAUGCCUCUGAGGCCCAAGGCACCAUUGACCCUCCCUCCCUCCCUCCCCCUCCCUCCCUCUCCCUCCCCCCCUCUCCUUCUCUCUCCAAACCAGUGCCUUGAGCAAGCACACAUGGAAAAAGGCUCUAUCGCUUGUUCCCCACUUGUUUCCAUCUGUACCCGUAAGGCUUGACCUCCGAUAUCCCUCCCCCAUGCUCUCUCUCUCUCUCUCUCUCUCUCUCUCUCUCUCUCUCUCUCUCUCUCUCCCUCCCUCUAUACGUAUCUCUCAAAAUGUACAGCUUCUGCUGCUCACUCCAUCCUCAACAACUUCACACACCCACACACACCCAUACGCACACACUCACACACACUCAGCAUAACGUGCCCUAAUGGAAGUGUUGUGGUGUAAAUAUUCAUGAAUGACUCGUGCUCUGUGCGGUCCCCGUGUUCCUACGCUACGGUGUGCUUGGUUCGGCGCAGGGGGUCGGUGUGUUUGUCGCUCUGUCUGUGCGCGGAGCCUUCGCUAAACGGUAGCAUCUGAGUCACAUCGUGCCCGGUGCCUCCUCACGCUGUCUCGCUCGGGGUGUGAUGGACAACACGUUAAGAGCAGGGAAUCUAAAUCAGAGCAGACCCAUGUCAGGGGUCGCCCUCACGCCUGAGACCUGCUCUCCUCGAAAGCUUUUAGUGUGAGUGCGUGGUAUGGGCCCUGGCCCCCCUGUAACAACACGAUCCGCAGCUGCCUGCAAUACGAUGUCUAUGCAUACACUGAGGGGGCAGUGGUCACCUCGCGCCCCCCGGCAGACGCACAGUGGGCCUGCUGGCAACUAGAGGACGCGGCCACUGCCUCUCAGGCUCCAAGGUGGUGGAGCCCCGCUGUAGCCUGGCCUAAUGGUACGCUGUUGUGUUUGCUCACAUGCACCAUUAUGUCCCUGAGUCAAACCCUGUCGUGGUUUUGCUGCAACAAGUGGUCGGGCGAGAGAGAGAGAGAGAGAGAGAGAGAGAGAGAGAGAGAGAGAGAGAGAGAGAGAGAGAGAGAGAGAGAACGCGCUCGUAAACAGGAGAGCAGUGCCAGGUGUUGAUCGUCGGGGAGGGGUGCGGCGGGUGGGUGAUUGCUGCGCCCGUCGCGCCACACAAUUAUUCACGGGGGGGGGGGGGGGGGGGGGGGGGCGAAAUACGCCGCACCGGAAGGAGCGAUGAAAAUGUCCAAUCUAAGGCCGCAGAGUGAUCUCUCACUGCUGGGAUCCAAGAUCCACAAGGCGAGCCCCGUGUCCUCCGCUGUGGUCUAAUCAUGAUGAGGCUAAGCUUUGUCCAUGUGUGUGUAAACCGUGCUGCUGUAGCUCGCUCCCCCCCGCAAUCAAUAAAGAUCUCCCCAUCUGGGUUUCAUUUGAGGUGACUAUCACAGGGAGUGCAGUCGAUGCUCAGAGCGUUGUGUCGUGAGCUCGGUAUCUGCCGUGGAGGAAGGGCCGUGGCGGAAGGGCCCGGCUGGGCGGUGUGGCGAUCAGACGCCCGUCUGAGUGCCUCACUGUGGGUCUUAGUCAUGCCUCGGUUUUCUCUCCCCCACCGCCUCAGGCUGCCGACACAGCGUGGCUCUGUAGCCUGUCGCUCGCCGUCGGAUUAGAGCCCGUUAUGUACACGACGCUAGACAAGGUGCCUUGACGUGAGCCAGUGCCUGGGUUUACCCCCUGAAGGCUAAUCCCGAGCCCCCACCCCCACUUAGAUUCCUGCAGCGUCUCCCAGCCUCUAAUCCGUCAGGAUUUCUCCUUCCUGUCUGAACGGGCCGGCCUCCGGUCCCAGAUGUCGAGAUGCCGACGGGAGCAGACGGGAGAUAGAUUGAGGAAGAGUGACAGAGAUAGAGUGAAGAGGAGGAGGGGAGCUCAGGUGGGGGAUGAAAAGGAUAUGGGUGGGGGAUGAAAAGGAUAUGGGUGGGGGGGGGUGGGGAGGGGGGGCAGGAGGGUAAUCUCAUUGACAGGAGCCGAGCACAAUAUGCUAGCAACGUGUGUGGAAUCCACACACAUGCGAACACACACACACACACACUCGCGCACACACACACACACACACACACACACACACACACACACACACACACACACACACAUACACACACACACAAAAGGGAUACAAUGGAACCGUUUUAUUUUGGCCUGUGUAGUGACACACAUGUCCCCCACAGUGCGUUUGUGCCUGCGUGCGUACGUGCUUGUGCAUGUGUGCGUGUAUGUGUGUGUCUGUGUGUGUGCAUGUGUGCGUGUAUGUGUGUGCGUGUAUGUGUGUGUGUGUGUGUACGUGUGUGUGUGUGUGUGUGUGUGUGUGUGUAUAUGUGUGUGUGUGUGUGUGUGUGUGUAGAUGUGUGCGUGUAUGUGUGUGUGUGUGUACGUGUGUGUGUGUGCGUGUGUGUGUGUGUGUGUGUGUGUGUGUGUGUGUGUGUGUGUGUGUGUAGAUGUGUGUGUGUAUGUGUGUGUAUACAGCUGUGCGGACGCCACGGAGACCAGGCUCUUACGUAAGCUCAGAAUGGGUUCCUGUAAAACCCUCGGGAGCGUCACGGGUCAGGUGACCGCACUUUGUUUAUGCAGAUGUGAGGUCUCCCCUUCUGCGCCCCGCCCCGGAGGAACGACCUAUGGGAAAAUCUACCUCUGUUCUUGUGCGAUGAUGGGUGUCUGUCUGCGUGCGUCACGCGGGCCACGCGCCAGCCUCCUUUGACUCACUGAUGCUUUUAUCGGUCACCGCUUUGCUGCGUGACUCAGAAUGUGUUGUUUUGUUUGUUUGUCCGCCUUGUACUAUGUUUUCGGUGAUGUACAUAGAGUAUUUUAUAUUUUUACUGUGUGUUUAUACUCAUAUCUGAAUGUAUUUUAAUUGUCGUAUUAAACAGAUGUCACACCGCU